UUCGAGACCACCUGGUUUAUUUAAGGGGGAAAAUGAAAAACUUCCGCUAGAGCAGUAUAGUCUACUGAAGCGGAGGGCGUAAGAGCGCCUGUUGUUUUUUGCGAAGAUGGCGGCUCCAGCCCUCAACCGCCGGGCCGGAUCCGUCAACAGUAUUGGCAGCAGUCCGACGGCAACGCCGAAUUCUAGUAUUAAUAACAACAGAGUCAUCCCAUGUUAUCCCGAGCUUGAUUUCAGGUCUGGAACUAGGAUAGAAGAAUUGAACAGAUUGAUCCAAGAAUUCAGUAAACACGACCAGCGCGAAUAUGACGACCAACGAGCUCUGGAAAUUCACACGGCCAAAGAUUUCAUCUUCUCUAUGCUCGGCAUGGUGCAGAAGCUGGACCAGAAGUUGCCGGUGGCCAACGAGUACCUGCUGCUGUCGGGCGGCGUGCGCGAGGGCGUGGUGGACAUGGACCUGGACGAGCUGAGCGCGUGCUCGCGCGGCACCGACUACGACAUGGACUUCACGCUGCUGGUGCCGGCGCUGAAGCUGCACGACCGCAACCAGCCGGUCACGCUGGACAUGCGCCACUCGGCGCUCGGCCACUCCUGGCUCAGCCUGCGGCUCUUCGACGAGGGCACCAUCGGCCGCUGGAAGGACUGCUGCACGCUGGCCGACCACGUCAACGGCGCCACCAACUACUUCUUCUCGCCCACGCUGGUGGCCGACUGGUUCUACGAGUCGGUGGCGGUGGUGCUGGGCGAGGUGCAGCGCAAGCCGCAGCGCGGGAUGCCGCGGGUGGAGCGCGCCGAGCGCAACGGCACCGUGGUCUCCAUCGUGCUGGGCGUGGGCAGCAGCCGCAUGCUGUACGACGUGGUGCCCGUGGUCUCCUUCAAGGGCUGGCCGGCCGUGGCCCAGAGCUGGCUGAUGGAGAACCACUUCUGGGACGGCAAGAUCACCGAGGAGGAGGUGAUCAGCGGCUUCUACCUGGUGCCGGCGUGCUCGGCCUCGGGCCGGCCGGAGAACGAGUGGCGCCUGUCCUUCGCCCGCAGCGAGGUGCAGCUGAAGAAGUGCAUCUCCCCCGGCCUCAUGCAGGCCUACCAGGCGUGCAAGGCCGUCAUCGUGCGGCUCCUGGCCAAGCCCAAGGCCGUGAGCCCCUACCAGCUGCGCAGCCUCAUGCUGUGGGCCUGCGAUCGCCUGCCCACCAGCUACCUGGCCCAGGAGGACUACGCCACCCACUUCCUGCUGGGGCUCAUCGACGACCUGCAGCACUGUCUGGUCAACAAGAACUGCCCCAACUACUUCAUCCCGCAGUGCAACAUGCUGGAGCACCUGACCGACGAGAUGGCCAUGUACCACGCUCGCAAGCUGGCCUCCGUCCGCGCCGACCCGGCCGAACACCUCCGCAUGGCCGUCGAGCACACCAAGGCCGCCAACCGGCUGACCCUGGAGCUCCAGAGGAGGGGCAGCACGUCUGGCCUGCCCUCCCCACAGUCGGAGCUCGGCGCCGGGGACCAGCACCAGUCCGACGACCGGCUGGCCAAGAAGCUGCAGCAGCUGGUGACAGAGAACCCCGGCAAGUCCAUCUCGGUGUUCAUCAACCCCGACGACGUGACCAGGCCACACUUCCGCAUAGACGACAAAUUCUUUUGAAGUACUUCUGCUUCCUAGAUGGAGCCACCGUUGAGAAGACACUGGACAUCGCCCUUACUGUGGGAACACCACGCGUAGACCCAAGUCUGUCACCGUGAAAAGAAAGCGUAAAGGAAUCGUAUCCAAAGUACUUGGAGAAAACGAGCACAUUUCGGAUGGAUUAAUGAAGUUGAUUGUCUACGGUGAGAAGUUAGUGUAUGGUGACUGUUUAGUGACUGAUAAAGACUGAAGCUGCUUUCAGGUAGACGGAGAUUUACUACAGUGUAUUUACCUGGAAAUAAAUGGUCAGCUCGGAAAACCUCACCAAGCUUCAUAUGCUCACGUGCAUCGUAUUGACCUGUGUUUGAGGACAAUUCUCUCCUUUUAACAUAGUUUAACCCAUAAGUCUAGGUGUACUGUCCAAAUAAUGUUGCUAACCAAGUCCAUAUGCUGAUGAAUCCAUGUUGUCACUGUAGAUAAACACUAGCCUCCAAAAAAGCCCAUUUCUGGUGUGAAUGUGAUCUUUUCCAAAACAGGCUAGAGCUCUGGUGAGCAUCUGGUUAUUGUCAUAUCUGAAGUGCAAUUACUAAAACCUCCUUUUUGUAAAAAAUAACCUGAUAAUGAAG